AGCUCGCUCACAGUCCCUCUGCCCUCUCCCCGUCCUACUGUCUCUCGUGCGGCUGCCUAGCCCAGCCCGGCCCAGCACCAUGUGCAGCCGGUUCGUCGGGACCUGGAGGCUCUCCUCCAGCGAGAACUUUGAGGACUACAUGAAAGCGCUAGGAGUGGGCUUGGCCACCCGGAAACUGGGCAAUCUGGCCAGGCCCAGUGUGACCAUCAGCAUGAAGGGGGACACAGUAACUCUGAGAACAGACAGCACCUUGAAAAGCACAGAGAUUUCCUUCAAGUUGGGCCAGGAGUUUGACGAAACCACCGCAGAUAACAGGAAGACCAAGAGUGUGGUGACCUUAGAAAAGGGAGCCCUGAACCACAUCCAGAAGUGGGACGGCAAGCAGACGACAAUAAAGAGAAAACUGGUGGACGGGAAGAUGGUGGUGGGCAACUGCUACAUACAGAGCACUGAGGGAUCCGCGACGGUCUGGCAGAGUGCCCUGGAAUUCUGCUAUCUUGCUCACACCCCGCUGGUAAGCUUCUCGAGGCCUGGGGUAAGCAGUAAAACCGUCACUGUCACCAUGGGUAAAACAGUAAAUCUUUUCCUGUCACAGAGGCCAAACAGUAAAACUGUCGCAGUGGGUGAAACAGUAAAACUAUCAUAGUCACUGUAGCUAUUAGGGAAAAAGUAAAACUGUCACUGUGGGUAAAAGAGUAAACCUUUCACUAUCAUUGUUUCACUAUGGGUGAAACAGUAACACCAUCACUAUCACCGUGGCUGUGGGCUAAAAUGCAACCACUUCUGUCACUGAGGGGAAAAGAGUAAACCUAUAGCUAGCACCGUGACUAUGGAUGAAACAGUAACACCAUCACUGUUGCCAUGGGAUUAACUACAACCAUCACUGUGGGUGAAACAGUAAAACUACCCCUUUUGCCAUGGCUGGGGGUGCAACUAAAAUCAUCAUUAAUAUUGCUGUUGCCACCCCAGCAAGGUGGAAGCCCUGGCACCUGUUUCUCUGGGUUGGUGUAUAGCAGGGCCAGGUGCCCCGGAGCCCCCAGAGGGAAAGUGCUGGGGCCCUCAACCUGAGCCCAGAGAGUCCACCGUGGAUCCACAGAGUAAUCCCAUUCCUGUCUAGCUCCUGUGUCAGCCUCCCGCAUCAGGAGAGGGGUGGCAGCCUCCAGAGUUCCCCCAUUCCCACCCUUGUUGUUAUAUUGUACUCUCCCAAGCACUUAGUACAAUGCUUUGCACUCAAUAAACACUCAAUAAAUACAAUUGAAUGAAUGAAGGAAGACCAGGUGCAAGGCCAGACUCUGGGAAAGUGAACAGUCUGCCCUACAUGCCAUCCGAUCAAGCCUGGGACACUCAGGACUUCGAUGCCCGCUCCCACGGUGCCCUACCCAGAACCGACAGAGGGUCGAGAAAGACGAGAGCCUCUGAAAUGUGUAACAUGGGUGUUUAGUGCCAUCCGACUGACAGCUAGGUCCAAGAACGGGCAGCGAUUGCUCAGUCGGACACAUAUCUCCACUGGCAGGGAUAGUGGGGAACCGAUCACUUCUAGUGCUUAGGCCAGCGCUAGGGCACUGUAGACUCUAGACUGUACACUUUAGACGAAGCUUGUUGCGG